UGCAUCAUUAGAUUCAUUACCAUGGGGACUAGUGAUAAGCCAACGGGGAACCGGACCGGUUUUGGGACCGGUUUGUGGAUAUUGUUAAAAAAGGAAAAAACUGAUCUCUCUCUCAGUCUCUCUCUCUCUCUCUUCGAGCUUGUGCGAUUCUGGCCCUCUUCUCUCUCAAUCGCAGCCUGCGAUUCUCUCUCUCGGUCUCUCUCUUCUCGAGCUCCUGCGAUCCUGCCUUUCUCUCCCUCAAUCAAAGCCUGCGAUUCCCAGGAACCCUCUAUACGCAGCAAGCUUGCGCCCAGCAAUACUUGAUCCGCCGCACCCUCUCCAGUCGCCACCAUCGUUGCCAGCCGGUUCGCCUCUUGUUGGCGCGCCGCAGGAACGCAACCCAGCUUGUUGUCGCCUUCUCGUCUCCUUGUCGCUAGACCCAGACUCGCCACCAUCGCCUCUCUUUUGCAGCUCGCCGAAACCGACGCAGCUAUCCAAAGCGAGAGACCCACCGAGAGUGAGAGCUCGAGUGCGUGGAAGACCGGCGAGUCGGCUCAAGAGCAGGGUCUUGAAUACGUGCCAGACGUUUACCAUUUCCAGAUAUGGGCGAUGUGCCUCUCAUUGAUUUAGGUGGUCUAUGGAAGGAUCCUGCACGACGGUCCGCGGUCAUCAAGGACAUUGCAAACGCUUGUCAUCGCUUCGGCUUCUUCCAGAUUGUGAACCAUGGAAUUUGCCAAACCGUGAUGGAUGAAGCCCUUCAUGCAGUAUCCAGCUUCUUCGACUUGCCAACUGAAGAGAAGAUGAAGUACAUGUCGAACGACGUGCGCGAGCCGGUGAGAUACGUGACGAGUUUGAAGGACGGGAUCGACAGGACACAGUUCUGGAGAGCCACCCUGAAGCAUUAUGCACAUCCACUGGGCCAUUGGCCAGAGAAUCCCCCUCAUUAUCGGGAGAAGAUGGGCAAAUUCAGUGCCCAAACGAGGAAAGUGACGGUGGAGCUGAUGGAGGCCAUCACGGAGGGCUUGGGACUAGGACCCUCGUAUCUGACCUCUAAAAUGGAAGCGGGGAUGCAAAUGAUGGCGGUCCACUGCUACCCGCCGUGCCCAAAUCCGGAAAUGGCGCUAGGACUACCACCCCACUCUGACCACACUUGCUUGACCAUCGUUCUCCAGAGCUCCCCAGGACUUCAGAUCAUGGACCCCGAUGACUGCACCUGGAAGUCGAUCCCUAAAACCCCUGGCGCCUUACAAGUCCAUGUGGGGGUCCAUCUCGAGGUCCUGAGCAACGGCCUGUACAAAAGCGUCGUCCAUAGAGCGGUCCUCAAUUCUGAGAGGACCCGAAUUUCUAUUGCUAGCUUGCAUAGUCUCGGCAUGGACGAGACGAUGGAACCCGCCAAGGAACUCGUGGGUGCGCAUGGGAAAAAGUACAGGGGAAGUUGUUUAAGGGAUUUUCUGAACUUUUUAGCCACCAAUAACUCAGGAGAGGGCAGCAGCUUCAUCAAUACUCUCAAGAUCAAUCCAUAGUUGCUAGAUCCCGACCUAUCACAAAGAUCCCGAGAUCAAAGUAUGCUUGAAUUUUCUUCCUGUUUCUUUUAUUCUGUGUCUAGUCAGUUAGUUUUUGUAGCCCCAGAUUCCGUAUAUAUAACGCAUUCGCAAACGGUAAAGAAAAUCAACACAAAUCGUUGCCAUUUCACA